AUGGCGGAUCCAGACCCGUUACCGAACCCAGCCACCAAGCACGAUGCUACCGACAGCGAAGGCGGCUACUUUCCCGGCCUCGACGGCGGCCCCGACUCGCCCAGUGAGCAUGUUAUCACAGACACCCCGACCCUGGGCCCAACAACCCCCAGCUCCGGCAGCCCGAAACUGUCAAGGAACCCAUCUUUCUCGAAUAGCAGCUCAUAUCAAGAGGACUGGGAGGCUUUCCCACCCUUGGACCGCCUGAGUGUUCUGGACAUUCUUGACAACUUUGCUCUGCCGCAUCAACUUGAGAAGCUGCAGAGAGGCCUGUCAGCUCAAACGCAGAAGGUGCGCAAGUCGCGAGAUGCCCUCAAGAACAGGAGUCAGGUGGCACGGGAGCGCAUGGUCGAAGAAUGGAGACGACGCGUCCCUCCUGCGGAAGAGCAGCUUGACCGCUACAAGAAGCGUAUGCGGACGAGCGUUGAUAAGCUUGGCAAGCAGUGGAACGACACAAAGGUCAUCACGCUACGUGAGAAGGUGUCGUUCAUUUGCGGUGUCCUGAACAUCUUCAUCAGCGGCUACCUGAUCGGGGCUUACCCAGAAUACAUGCACCUGUGGUACUCCGCCCAGACCAUCUACUUCAUGCCAAUCCGCUACUACACCUACCAUAAGCGAGGAUAUCACUAUUUCCUGGCCGACCUCUGCUACUUUGUCAACCUGCUUCUGAUGCUCAGCAUAUGGGCUUUCCCAGGCUCAAAACGGCUCUUUGUCGCGACAUAUUGCCUUGCUUUCGGAAACAACGCAGUUGCAAUCAUCAUGUGGAGAAACUCCCUGGUCUUCCACAGCUUCGACAAAGUUACGUCGCUCUUCAUACACAUCAUGCCGUGCGCGACUCUGCACAGCAUCGUCCACCUCUGUUCCCCGGAACGACAGCUCCAACGAUUUCCCGCUGCCUAUGCAGUGAAGCACUCGCCACCCGGCUCCCCGACAGCUUACGCGAACGUUAUUUCGAUGCUCGCUUGGAGCACCAUUCCCUAUGCCAUCUGGCAGCUUGCCUACUAUUUCCUGAUCACUGUUCGACGCCGAGAAAAGAUCCUGGCCGGACGUCCCACAUCUUUCACCUGGCUACGGAAGUCCUACUCCAAGGCCUGGCUUGGGAGGAUUGUCCUUUCGCUCCCCGAAAGCCUCCAGGAACCGGCAUUCAUGUUCAUCCAGUACUCUUACGCCGUCCUAACCAUGAUACCCUGCCCAAUAUGGUUCUACAGCCGAUGGGCUUCGGCAGGGUUUCUGAUGGUUGUUUUUGUGUGGAGCGUAUACAAUGGCGCGACCUACUACAUUGAUGUGUUUGGCAAGCGCUUCCAGAAGGAACUUGAGGCGCUGAAGGCUGAGGUCGCGAGGCUACAUGUCGGCCCGGACGGCUACACAAGCCCGCUGAUGACACCGCACGUGGAGGGGCCCGCGGCGUCAGGAGAGGCGAGCCAGAAGGAAGGAAAUGAGAGCUUCAAGGCCGAGGCACUGGGUAAUAUUGACAGUAUUCCGCUGCUUAAUGACGAACGCGAGGCAAAGCGCGGCAGCACCAGUGGGGUGGAAAUCGACGGAGGUGCGAAGGAUGUCGCAAGGGAAAGGAAAGCUGGACAGGCAAGCUCAUGA